AUGGCGACCAUGCCGAUUGAAAAAGCGCCGCACCAUGCACUCACAACUGGCGAAUCGGAGAAAACAGCAGCUGAGACCGCUGCGCCCCUCCCAGAACUUGCGCCCACUGACACGCCACGGCAGAAGUGGUACCAAUGGUUUUCUCCAAGCGACACUCCGGAGGAGCGGCGGCUGAUCAUGAAACUCGAUGGCCUCAUCAUGGUAUUCGUUUUUCUUGCGUACUGGGCCAAGGUUCUUGAUUCCUCUGCGACGAGUGCGGCAUAUGUGAGUGGGAUGAAGGAGGAUUUGAAGCUCUAUGGCAACGAGUUGAAUUACUUGAACACCACCUACAUGGUUGGCUUCAUCACACUCCAGGUUCCUCUCACGGUUUUGAUGACGCGCUUCUCGGCCACCUACUUUAUCCCUGGUGCAGACCUCAUCUGGGGUGUUCUCACUCUUGUGCAAUACAAAGUCACCAACGUGCAACAACUAUACGUCAUUCGGUUCUUUGUGGGUGCUGCAGGCAGCCUCUUCUUUCCUGCGGUUCAGUGGUACCUAGGAUGCUGGUAUAAGAGAUCAGAGCUGAGUCGUCGGGGAGCUCUAUUCUUUAUUGCCAGCCAAGUCGGGAGUAUGAGCUCUGGGUACAUUCAGAGCGGCGCUUACUCAAGCUUGAAUGGAAGGCAUGGCAUCGAAGGCUGGCGAUGGCUCUACAUUAUCUGUUUUGCGUGCACUAUCCCAGUCGCCGUCCUGGGCUUUGUCGCACUCCCUAGCCAUCCGAACAAGAGCAAACCAGGAAUCUUGACAGAACGCGAGAUUCAGUUGGCUCGUGAGCGUAUGGCCUCGGAGCACAGAGAGCCUCCGAAACCUCUCACUAUCCCGGUCAUCCGUAACGUCUUGUCUGGGUGGCAUUUCUGGGUGCUUGUGUCCUUUGCAUUCUUCUUCUCCCAAGCCGACGGCGUCUCAAGUCAGAGUGGACUGGCACUUUGGCUCAAAGCCGAAGGCUACGGCGUGGAGUCGAUCAACACUAUCACGACGGUUUCGCCGGCCGUUACCAUCGUCUCAUCUAUUAUCUGUGGCAUUCUUUCUGAUGCCUAUGACGCCAAAGUUUCACUCAUUGCUGGUACUGCGUUCCUCAAUAUCUUUGCGAGCAUCGUCCUUGCGAUUUGGCAUGUUCCUACUGGGCUGAAGUUCUUUGCCUUCUUCCUUGCAGGCGUUUGGAAGACAGUCGAUGCACCGCGAUAUCUCAUCGGAUAUAACUGGACUAUUGCCCUCGAUGUGUGUAUGGUGGCCAUGUUGUUCGUUUUGAGGUCCUUCUGGAACCGCGAGCGCAAGACUCUGUCGACAGCCUAA